AUGAAUGGAACUCCAAUGGAUUUGGGACAGUAUCGUCCAGCUACGGUUGCCUGCUGCCAUUGUGGCUGCCCAAUGGAUGGAACCACUGGUUUGGUUACUUGCGUAGACUGCCUGAAACUAACUGCCAAUAUCGCCAAAGAUGUGCCCCGAGAAGCCAAUGUGCAGUUUUGCCGUAAUUGUGAGCGCUUCUUGAUGCCACCUCAGACCUGGCUCGCCUGCCAGCCUGAAUCUAGAGAACUGCUUGCCCUGCUGCUUCGUCGGUUACCUGGACUGAACAAAGUCCGCCUGGUGGAUGCUGGAUUCGUUUGGACAGAACCCCAUUCACGUCGUAUUCGCAUCAAGGUGGCUGUGCAAGGCGAGGCUGCUGCUGGAGUUAUUUUGCAAGAGGCCUUUGAGGUUGAGUAUGUUGUUAUUGCCACACAAUGUCCUGAUUGCGCUAAAUCAUUCACCGUUCACACCUGGAGAGCUGCUGUGCAGCUGCGUCAAAAAGUUCAGCAUAAGCGUACAUUCUUCUAUCUUGAGCAGUUGAUCCUCAAGCACCAGGCUCACAACGAUUGUGUUUCCAUUAAAGAGAGCCGUGAUGGUAUCGACUUUUUCUUCGCUCACCCCAACCACGCGAUAAAAUUCAUUGAUUUCCUCAAUACAGUGGCCCCUAUCAAGUCGAAACGUUCUGAACAGCUUAUUUCGCAUGAUACACACUCAGGAUCGAGUCAGUUCAAGUUCACUCACUCGGUUGAGAUUGCUCCUAUUUGUCGUGACGAUCUUGUUAUUCUGCCCAAAUCUUUGGCAGGGAAAAUGAGUCAAAUCUCAAGGGUUGUUCUGUGCAGUCGUGUGAGUAGCUCGAUCAAAUUCCUCGAUUUCAACACUCUACAGACAGCAGACCUGCCUGCCAAUGUUUUCUGGCGCGAGCCCUUCAGUUCUUUGGCGUCGUACCAGGAUCUUGUUGAAUUUAUUGUUCUCGAUAAUGAGCCUCUUGGACCCAUUCACGGACGCAAUGUUUUGAGUGAUAUUACCGUUGCCCGUGCUUCAGAUAUGGGCCAAUCGUUCGUGGUAAGGUCCCAAAUGGGCGCCAUUCUCCACCCAGGCGACUCUGUCCUCGGCUAUUAUUUAAUUAACUGCAAUUUCAACUCCGACGAGUGGGAUAGUUUGGCUGCUGGAGAAUGCCCAGACAUCGUUCUUGUCAAGAAGAUUUAUCCCAAUCGCCGCAAGAACCGUAACUGGAAGCUUCGUCGCAUGGCCAAGGAACACAAUGAAAUGGAUGCGGAGACAGCUAACAAAGUGGAGAAUGACUAUGAAAUGUUCUUGCGUGAGCUUGAGGAAGAUGUGGAACUCCGCAACACUAUCAAUCUUUACAAAGACCCACAGGCAAGCCAAGUGCCGCAAGACGCUGAGUACGAUGGUCCGCAGAUCGAUGUGUCGGAGUUAUUAGAUGAUCUCGAGGAUCUGUCUUUGAACUAA